AAUCAUUAUCAUCAUCCUCAUCGUCAUUUCAUAAUUUGGAGAGAAAAAAAAAAGAUGAUGAAGAAAAUACCCAUGAUGAAAUUACUCAUUAAUCUUCCAUUUUUAUUGAUUUUAGCAAGUAAUCAUCUUUCACUGCAUAUGAUCCAUGGACAAACCCAAGAUUCAUGUGGUUCAAACUCAAGUCUUGGUAGUCUCAGUACCCAGAUCUUGUUUGAAACUUCUUCUCUCAAUUGUCUUGCUGUUUGGUCUUCGGAAAAUUUCAUCCUUAGAUAUUCACAAGCUGGCCCAAGUUUGUGGAGUUUUGUCUUAUCAGCGCCAAUAUCAAAUUCUUACAUUGGAAUGGGGUUUUCACCCAAUGGCGCUAUGGUGGGGUCCAGUGCAGUUGUAGGGUGGGUGGGUAGCGAUGGCUCAGGCAACAUGAAAAAGUACUUCCUUGGUGGUCAAACCCCGAGCCAAGUGUUGGUUGAUCAGGGAGACCUACAGAUUCUUGGAAACACGUCUACAAUUCUUUCAGAUACUUCUCGAAUAUAUAUGGCGUUUCAGUUGGCUAUAGACGAACCAAGGCGACAACUUGUGUAUUCUGUUGGGGAUAAUAGCAAUCCCCCUCCAAGUACACCGAGCUUUCGCUUGACUCGACAUAGAAACCAUGCAGCCAUCCGUUUGAAUUAUGCCUCGGGUGAAGGUAGUCGAAUCAAGGCCCCUUACUCGAACUUAAAGAGGGCUCAUGGAACCUUGAACAUGAUGGGGUGGGGCAUAUUGAUCCCUAUUGGUGCCAUGGUUGCUCGUUAUUUGAAGCAUAUGAAUCCUUUAUGGUUUUAUGUGCAUACGGGUAUUCAAUCAUUAGGGUUUAUUCUUGGAUUAUCUGGUGUGAUUGCGGGACUUGUUUUAGAUAAUCGUAUUGAUGCCAAUGUUAACAAGCACAAAGGACUUGGCAUAACGAUUCUUGCAUUUGGUUGCCUUCAGGUACUAGCUUUCUUGGCUCGCCCUGCUGUAGAGGCAAAAACAAGAACAUACUGGAACUGGUACCACUCCAGUGUAGGGAGACUAAUGAUAUUUUUUGCGAUUGUGAAUAUUUUCUAUGGGAUCCAUUUGGCUAAAGCAGGAAGCUCAUGGAAUGCUGGUUAUGGAGUCAUUCUUGGAAUUUUGGUUACAAGUGGUUUGAUUUUAGAGAUUAACAUGUUAAGGAAAAAGUAAUUGUAUAUCUUUCUUGUUCGUGCUUACUAUAGAUAUGCUUGGGCUCGUGCGUGUGUGUGUAUGUGUAUUCGAACCAAUAGCCAUCAUUGUUUUUUUGUUGUGAUUACAUGUUAUUUCUCAUACUCCUAGGAUUUCAGAAUACAA